AUGGAUACCCCGCCUAUUCCUAAGCCUAGAAGCGCAUUUUUACCUCAAAAUGAUCCACUAAAACAGCCCGUUCCACUGCCUCGUACUAAAGUACCUCCCAAUGAUCGAGGUUCGGCUUCAGAAAUUCUUCGAUCGAUAAGUUCAGUUUCAAAACAAUUAACAGAAGAUGUGGCCUCGAAGCUUAGCAGCUCCGCAAAGUCCGCUAAUGAGAAGAUAGAAAAAUCGAUAAUAGACGGGUCGAGGUUCGCCAGAGGUACAUUAGAAAAAACCAUUACAACAUCUCGCGCUGUGAGAGAUUCCGUUACUAAGUCUGUGAUUGAGGGCACACGGUCUGCCGGCCUCAAGUUACGACGCUCAACGAAACCUGACAGUAUAGAAGAACCAGAUCAGAGAUGUGUGUCCAUGCCUGUUGUAGAUGUGAGUUUAUUUGAUAAUAUUCAGUUUCAUUCACCUUUGUUAGAACAGAAGAGAUAUAAAAAUGAAGAUGACACUGAAACGGCAGACAUACCUCCUCUUCAGCUGAAUGCUAGACAUUUAGAUGAUAUGUCGUUAUUUUCUAAUCAUUCUGACACUAAUACAGAUACUGUCAGUAACUUUUCUCAUGAUAGCAGAGAAUUAGAUGACAAUUCCAAUGAGCAUCUAACCUAUGAUACUCCCAAACCUUCAAGAACUAACAGCAUUGUGAGUUUUGGAUCAUUCCCAGAAAUACCAGAAAGAAGAAAAAAUAGAGAGUCUGUUGAAGUAAUGAGACAAAACUCCAUGUAUGAAAAUUGGACUCUUCCAUUUCAAGCUAAAAAGGAAAAUAAAACAAAAGAUGUUGAAUUGGUUACAGAAAAUACAUCAAGACCAAGUAAAAGUACAAUAUAUGAAUUUGAUCCUUUGCAUAAAAGUAGUACAAGCUCAAAGUACCAAGGAGUUAGUAAUGAACUUUUGCUUCUUGAGUCAUUUCUCACUGGAGAUACAUAUGGUACCAUAGUCUCUAACGAUACUAAUGAUGAUAAGUUUAAUUUUGAUGAGAGUGAUUAUUUUAAUCCUCCAACACCACCUGAGAGAUUUGAUAGUUUAUUCCCUGAAGAAAAGCCAACUGAAAGGGUGCAAAAUAGAGAUAAAAACUCAAAUUGGUUUGUGUCAGAUUCUGAUUCUAAAUCGAUUACAGAAGACGAAACAAAGCAAUCAAAUUCAGUUAUACAAAGAUUCUCAAGAAGGCUGAAGUUAGACAAUGUUCUUAACAAAUCAACUAAACAAACAUUACCAAAGAUAGAAGUGGUCGAAAGGCCUCCUGUUCACACUCAGCCUGUGCCAUACUUCAGUGGCAUCCUUAUGAAGAUAGUGUCUGGAGUAGUAGAAGACUUAUUUAAAAAUUCACAAUCUCGGUAUUGUGUUUUAUCUGAUCAGAAGUUAAUGUGUUACACAGACCCUACAAAUUCAAUCCUUAAAGAGGCAUACACACUCGAUAACAUUUAUUCAAUUCAAAUAGUCUUGCCACUAUCUUCUAGCACUACCAGCAACUCAUAUUGCUUCGAGUUGUCUGUCUCAUCUGGAGGGAUCCGGAACACACCGCGCAAGAUCCUGUUCAGCUGUGCGAGUGCUUCUGAACGUCGACAUUGGGCACAGAAAUUUGUAGAGCAUCUCACAAACAACUUUUCAACAAACCACACUUCGGAGAUUACAAGAUGCGGAUGGUGUUAUCUUAAGGAAGGGGUAUCCGGAGAAUGGCGUGGCGCUUGGCUGAUACUUGUACGACGUGUCUUAGUCUACACGACCAAAGACUCUAAUGUAUGCACCGUAGAUCUUAGGAAGACAAGAUGUGUCGUAACUCAAGAUGCCGAUGAUGAGAGCAAACAGUUGUGUCCGGCGGAUUGCAGCAGCAAUCUGUUGCUGGAUUGUCCCCACACAACUCUUUAUUUAAGAUUCCCGCACGAUCGAGAGUUAAAGGGCUGGCGAUACAUGAUCAAGUUGGCGUCUUACAAUAACGGUUCACAUAUACAUCACCAGCAGCUCACCAAAGAGGACGUGCCGGCCGUCGUCGACAAAUGCCUAAGUUUUAUUUACGCUCACGGAAGUCUCACUGAGGGCAUAUACCGUCGAGCGGGUAGCAGUUCAGUAUUGUCUGAGCUGCUCGCCAGGUUCAGGAGGGACUCGUGGUCGGUCCAGUUGAGUCCCGGUCAACAUUCGGAGCACGACGUCGCCGGUGUACUAAAAAGAUUCUUUAGGGAUCUACCAGAGUCACUUAUACCUAAGGACAAUCAUCAGGUUCUGAUCGGCGCGCUCGAAAUGAAAGAUGAGACGUCCCGCCACGCGGAGUACCGCCGUGUGAUGUCGUCCCUAUCUCUGGUCCCUCGGAACACGGCCCGGAAGUUGUUCGCUCAUCUACAUUUCCUGCACACGAUGUCGCACGCGAAUAAAAUGGGCGCAGAAAAUUUGGCUUCCGUUUGGGCGCCCACAAUAAUGCCGACCGCUUUGACCAGCAACAACUUGCAAACGGCCUGGUCGUCGAAAGAGGUGCUAGUCGUUAGAGAUCUGAUCGCGAACUUCGAAGCGAUAUGGGAGCCUACUGAAGCGGAGAAGAGACGCGAGGCGGCCGUCAGGAGAGUACUGAUGAGGGUGCUGAGUAAUUCAGCUCCGGCGCCGCACAGGGCCGCCGGCGACCUCAAGGCCUGGAUCCACGUGAACGACAGGAGUCAGUGCUAUCAAGUGGCGCUCACCCCUAACAAGACAAGCUCCGACGUAUGCAUAGAGCUAUGCGAGAAGGCCAAAACCGAAUCGCAUCUGCUGAUGCUCGAAGAGGUUGUGUGUAACGAGUCGAUGCGUCGUAUAGUGCACAUCGACGAGAUCGUACUAGACGUGGUGCUCAGGUGGGGAUAUUGGGACGAGGACGACAGAAAGGAUAAUUAUUUGCUGGUGAGAGAUAAUAAAACGCUUCAGGAUAUGGAUUCGUUGAGACAGACCACGUCGCUUGUGUGCGGCGAAAUGAGGUUCGCAAAUGAAUCGAUGAAGACAUUCAAACAGCACAUGUUCGAGCUGCAGAAUAGAUGCUUGUGUUACUUCAAAGAUAAACAGGGUUCGCAGAAAAUCGAAGAAUGGAACGUCAAAGAUAUCCUAUGGUACAUCGGCCACGAACCGAAACGUAAUCCACAAACCCGUUGGGCGAUCACCUUUAUACCGAGGAAUAAAGAAAAAAGGAGCAAAGAGAAACCGUGGUUCGGUAAGACAAUAGCCGGCGCGGUAACGGAAGAUCAACUAAAGUGGAUGUCGGCACUGAUGUUCGCCGAGCACACGAGCAUACUACCAACGCCUCGACUGGUUAUAACAUAGUCAAUUAUUCAUAAAAUACCUUUUAAGCAUGAAUUAUCAAAAAGAUGUACCAGGUCGGAUAUAUUGCCAUUUCCAAAGUACUUGUGAUUCAGUGUAUAUUUUUCUUGGCCUUUUUUAAUAUAUCUUUAAUUAUAACUUAAAAUAUUAAUUUUUGGUCUGAAUCGCUCCGACCUUGUGCAACUAAUGUUGAAUGAAAAUAAGAAAUUUUACUCUUGUAAAUAAAUAAGUAUAUUGUUUGGCCCGUGUCUGAGCUAGCUGCUUAUCGAGACGAAUAUAUGACGUCACAUAUUUGAAAUGCACGCGAUAUUAGCAAUCCGAAAUCGGUCCUGCGAUUUAUCGUUAAGUAAUUCUUAAUUAAACACGUAUUUGAACGUCAUAAACAAAGAUGCCACUAUGUGAUGCAUUAGUUCGUCAAUAUUUUAUUAAAUCAUGUAACUUUUAUUACAUUUUUAUUUUAUUAAAACGUCACGGAUUUAUCGCUGGCAAUGAUACGUUGCCUUUAAAAGAUUCCGUAUUGUUUUGUAACAGCUUCAAAUCGGGGAUUCCAUCGACUAUUUCCAAUAUCGCAUACGAUAGACUGCUGAUUUAAAAAUGUAAAUUAAAUUGUAAAAAAAAACAUAAUUUAUCCCACAGAGAACCCGAUGGAUAUUAUUGAACUAGAAAGACAAUCAUCGAAACGGCUUUUUAAAUUAUUCAAGUGAUUUUAGUAAAAUUACCACAAAAAAAACCUUGCAGUCCUGUUAUUGGCCAUCGUCAUAUAAAUCUUGUCUGCUAUGACUUUAGCAUCUCAGCUGUCAGCUGUCAUCUGUCGCUCGAGCUAGGUUUCCAUUACUAUUCCUCCUAAAAGGGCCACUACAUUAUUAUAAAACUGUCGAUUGACUAUCUAUGACAGCAUAUUUUUUUUAAUGUGUGUUUUAUGUAAACAUAGUAAACAUAGAGUAUAACUACAUAAUAUGAAUAACAAAAAUUAUCAGUACAUAAAAUAAUCAUAAAUGUAAUUAUGUUUAUUUCGAACGUCACAAGAGUUAUCGAGUUCCUUAUGAUUUUGUAAUAAUUUUUUUAAAGAACUAUCUU